AUGGCGGCCUCCGGGGACGUCUCGAGCUCCAGUACAAGCCCCAGCGAAGUCCAUAGCAGCUCCGACAAGGCUGCCGAUCCGGCAUCUUCUGCUCCAGUGAACGACGACCACGUUGCGCCACGCAAUGGCGACGACGACGAAGACGACGACGACUUGGGAGACGACGAAGAUGACGUCCGAGAGAAGAUCGUCAUACGGCCGGAGCCUUUGACGCAGCAGUUCGCGAGUCCGAUGGAGAUCGAAACAGGUUUGCAGCUCAUCGAGCUCUGUCGCGAGGGAAAUUUAAGCGCCGUGACGCAGCGAGUUCGAGCUGGAGCUCCAGCAGGCUUCAUAACGAAAUCUGGAUGGACUCUGAUAGCUGCAGCGGCCUACAGCGGCUUCAACGACGUUCUCCUGUACCUCCUGGACAUCGGCGCCGACAGCAUGUACGAGACUUCAGCCCCCGGUCGGAAGUACCAGUUGAGCUCCAGCAGCCUCACCAAGGAGCCGAUUUGCAACACUCCGCUGCACUGGGCGUGCUACAAGGGCCACGCAGACACGGUGUCGAUCCUGCUGGCAGCAGGGUACAACCUUGAAGCUGCAGACUCGACUGGCAAUCGCUGUCUCCACUUGGCCUGCUCUGGGGGUCAUCGUGAAGUGGUCGAGCGGUUACUAGCCCAGUCAGCUGCAGUGGAGCCGCGCAACAAAUACGGCAAUCGACCGCUGGACUUGGCCACGGAACCGGGUUGUCGUCGUUUACUUGCGCGAUUCCAAGCGCAAACUUCCUGCGAGUGGUGCAAGGAGACGUUCAGCCGCAUCCGUCGUCCGAGCCUCUGCCAGCACUGCCACAACGUCUUCUGUGACACAAAACCUUGCUCCUCGUGCUCGACGCCAUCGACACAACCUCCUUCUCCUGCAAUUGAAGCGAAAGGGAGCAACAAUGCCGAGCACGAUGCAUCCGCCGCCUCAGCACUGGUUACUCAAGCACGCAGCAUGCGGUAUUGCCAGGAAUGCGCCACCGAAAUGGGGAAGGCCGAGCAAGACCUGCGCAAUGUGCUGGAGACGAAGCUCGAACUCAUCCGUCGCACGCUUGCAGUGCUGGACCCGAGCAUCGGCAGCAGCAACAACCGGCCGAACAGCUCCACGGAUACUUUGAACGACGGGGGUGAAGGUCUAGAGGAAGGAUUCGGCGAAGGUGAAGCAAGCAACUUGGAGCUUAUAACCGAGGGUGGUGCCGCAUCCACUGAGAGUAUCGAGGCGGGAGACUCGACGUCAGCGAGGGCAGACGCAGCAAGUGAAGCUUCUCCAUCGCAUUCUCACCAAAACGGUGAAGGCUCGGCUCUAGUCUUGCAAAGUGGCUUCGAGCCGUCUCCACUCAGCGAAGCCUCAACUCCCCUCCACAACGACGACAGCUUCGACGGCGAGCAACGGUCCUCCCGAUCAGCGAGGCCAAAGCGCAGUAGACCCCUGCCCAGCGCCGACGUCAUCUUGAGCGCGCUCACGCUUACCCAGACCGACGCAGAGGCGCUCUACACGGCGUUAGAAGCUGCCCAACUCAAAGCUGCAGACGUCGAGUUGCUGCGUAUUUCACGGCAAACCUACCGACAGCUCGUGGCUCACGUCGCGUUGCAGGAGGAAGUGAAGGCUCUGCUGGCUGUUCGUCCGAUCGGCAUCCGCUCGCUGCUGGAGCCUCUCAAGCGCUCGCUUCAACAUGCAACACGGGAACAGGUUCACCCGGUCAUGCUGUCCGUGGCGCUGCAGAUCAUCCAGAGCGCCGAGGCCGAGUGCACGCUCUUCGGGUGCCACGCACUCUGCGAGAAGAUCGAGCGGGGGUCUCGUCGCUACUGCAAAGACAUCGCCCGCCUCGAAGCGAGUCUCGCCGAAGCUCAAGUGCGCAGCGUGAGCGUCAAGUUGUUGACUGCUGCGGGGGCCCUUCGGGACCGUUUGAACGCCGAGGUGCGGCUGGAAGCGUGUCUCGUCCCAUUCAAAGCCCCACCGCCGGUUGAAGCUCCAGUUGGGGGUCCACCACCGCCUCAACCGGCACCUGGCAGUGGCGGAUUCGUCUUCGAAGACGGCACUGCGCUCGACACGCUGUUGCAAGCUCUGGAGUACCGAAGUCAACUGGUGUCAACUGCGGUGGACAUUGGCGCAUCAGUUGACGGAGUGUCCUCCGCGUUGCUGGAAGAAGCGAAUAACCUCCUCAAGCAGCUGAAGAAAGAGGUGAAGGACGAGACCAAAGCUGAAGAGGAACGGCGUAAAGCGGAGGAGGAAGCUGCUCUCAAAGCUGCCAAAAAAGGCAAAAAGAAGAAAGCGUAA